UACACAAAGGUGGAGUCUGUCCUUCGACACAUGUACUGUACAUAUGCACAUGCACAUGUGCUCGAGACAUGUGCUUGGCUUUUAGCUGCUCGACCUAACUUUCUGCAAUGGCAACUUCUACUCUGGAUAAUUGGACUAAGGAGGUGGAGGAGGAGCUUCCUCUUCUCCCUGGAAUGAAGUACUUGUCCCCAGGCCCACUAGACAUUUUUUCUUCUUCUGUUUCGUCGUGCUCUACUGGCGGUGAUUCUGUGCGAGCAAUGCCUAGUUCUUAUAUGUUCUCAGGCUCGAUGAUGGAUCACCUCCCAAACUCUAUAGUACCUCAUUUGCACACUGUAAAGCAGGCCACGUCAUCAGCAGGGUCGGUGGUGCCCAAUGAAGCGUGGGAAGGUGCGGCUAGAUGGACCCUUCCUGUACAAGCUGUAGCUGAGGUCUUCCUAGUGCCUAUACAUGUGCCCAGAGAGCCGCUGAUGGACCCAGGUGUUCUCAUCAACCAGGGCGACUCGAAACCCCACAUUGGUGUACCUGUCAGUGAAGUGUACCCUGGGCCGUGUGGGUUCAAAGCGCACUUCCCUACCGACAAGUACACAUAUUCAACAAACUCCCUCCUGCUACAACCGGACAAAGGUUUCCCGGUCUCUUUCCAAUUCCUCUCCUCUGGUCCACCGAGGGACUCCUACGUGAGAGCCCUGGUGUGCUACAAGAAUCCCAGAGAUGUGCUCAAAUUCGGGGCAUGCACGAGAUGUUUCAGACAUCCUGCUGAAGAUGGCAACCAACCGUCGUCCUACCACUUCCUGGUGUGUACCAACAGCAGAGCUUGUUAUGGAGUCCACCUUGCUCACAAGAUAGUCACUGUGCCUCUGGAGGGCCUCGUGGGGAGUGAUGACGGGCCGACGUGUGUGUACAAGUGUGUGUGUCACUCAUCAUGUGUGGUGGGGAGGGGGAGAAGAAACAAACCAUCUCUUAUUCUCAUUCUGAGUCUCAUUCACAAAGGUAAUGAGAUCGGACGUGACGUGGUCAACAUUUGCUGCUGCUCUAAUCCAAACAGGAUCCGUAAAAAACACCCGAGACAAGCUGAUGAUAAGGAGGAAGCAUCUCCAUCCUUCCCCAAGCUUCGCCGAGGGCAGGAUCUCUAUGACAACGACCCUGAUUUGGACCAAGAGGGAUACUACAAUUUCACAUGGCGUGGUAAGGAGAGGGACAUCUUUAACUUGCUCAAUGUCAUCAAACAAGGCCAAAGAAACGGACCAAGCAAACAGUAGAACCACACCCACACAAUCGACACAGCAGCUCACUUCAAUCAGACUCUCAACUAACUUCACCUUUGUAUACAUUUCAUAUACAACCUUUGAUUUCAUCCAAGCCCUCAGGCAAACAUAUAUGCCUUCAAUCUACUUCAUGCAUUUUAUUUGUGUUGGGUUCAUUCAAUUCAUGAUAAUUACCGUUUCAUUCAUUUUCUUC